CACACACGCACACACGCACAAACCGGUCCAGAGGAUAACGGCGGUUGCUGCUGUAUCGAGCUGGUGCUGAUGCUGCUGCUGCUGCUGCUGGAGGAUCUGCAUCACUGUUUUGGCUCCAGAUGUGAAGACUGUCCCCGCUGAAUGAAGAUGAGUGCGAGCAUUUCAAGGACGGAUGGAUUUAACGAGAGGGACUAAUAAUAAUAAUAAUAAUAAUCAUAAUUCAAACAAACAUGCUGCCCUGACGAUUCUCCUCUCCGGGAUGCGGUCAUAGUUUGAGGCCGGACAUGGUUUUAAUCUCAUGAGUUGCUGUAGCUGUGCUGGAUGCGGGAUGAUGUGCGCCGCACCCCGGGAGAGAUACUAGACAAUUGGAGGAACACUGCACGGGCCUUGAACGCAUCAUAACCGAUCCGGAUUUUUUUUAUUUAAUUUCAUUUGUUGUGGUUCCUGUGAGCAUCUUGUUGUCUGUGGCUGACUGGGACUGUGUUUUGGUUUCGGAGGAGGGGGACCUCCUAAAUGUGGAGGGACUGCGUCUGAGAGGAUCUGUUGCUCACACCCAGAGAGGAGAGCCAGGGCUGAGCUGCUCACCUUCUCAUCUCUACACACAAUAAUAAUAACCUUUCACGAUGGCCGAGAAGACGCAGGAGACGGGCUCGGUCAGCAUUCCCAUGGAGGAGACCAAAGUUCACACCGGAGCACCUCAGGAGGCGCCGCUGCUCAUCCACCUGAAGAAAGUGGAGAACCACAUCACCGAGGCCCAGCGCUUCUCCCACCUCCCACGUCGCUCUGCUGUGGACCUGGAGUUCAAUGAGCUCUCCUACACCAUCCGAGAGGGUCCCUGGUGGAGGAGGAGAGGUUACAAAGCCCUCCUCAAGUGUCUGUCUGGAAGAUUCAGGAGCAAAGAGCUGAUUGGCAUCAUGGGGCCGUCCGGAGCCGGGAAAUCCACUCUGAUGAAUAUUCUGGCAGGGUACAGGGAGACGGGCAUGAAGGGUAAGAUCAUGGUGAAUGGACGCCCGAGGGACCUGAGGACCUUCAGGAAGAUGUCGUGCUACAUCAUGCAGGAUGACAUGCUGCUGCCACACCUCACUACCAGGGAGGCCAUGAUGGUGUCUGCCAAUCUGAAACUGAACGAGAGCAUGCAGGUCAAAACAGAACUUGUGGAUGAGAUCCUGACUGCUCUGGGUCUUCAGGAGUGCGCUCAGACACGCACCAACGCUCUCUCAGGGGGUCAGUGUAAAAGACUGGCCAUCGCCCUCGAGCUGGUCAACAAUCCUCCAGUCAUGUUCUUUGAUGAGCCCACCAGUGGUCUGGACAGCUCGUCCUGCUUCCAGGUCGUUUCCCUCAUGAAGUCUCUGGCUCUGGGAGGACGGACAAUCAUCUGCACUAUUCAUCAGCCCAGUGCCAAGCUCUUUGAGAUGUUUGAUAAGCUCUACAUCCUCAGUCAGGGUCAAUGCAUAUACAAGGGCACGGUCCCUUACCUCAUCCCUUAUCUGAAGAACCUGGGCCUCCAUUGCCCCACGUAUCACAAUCCAGCUGAUUUCAUCAUUGAGGUGGCGUCAGGGGAGUAUGGAGACCUGAAUCCAGUGCUGUUCGAGGCCGUCCAGGGUGGACUGUGUUCCGAGGAGGGGAAGAAGAACUCCAAAAGCGAUCCGUCCUGUCCCUCGCAGUGUCCCGCUGAAACAGGAACUCUUGAGAAACGCAGCUUUGCCACCAGUACAUUCACACAGUUCUGCAUCCUCUUCAAAAGAACCUUCAUCACAAUAUGCAGAGACACGGUGCUGACCCACCUCAGGGUCAUGUCCCAUCUUGCUGUUGGAGUGCUGAUUGGUUUGCUUUAUCUCAAAAUUGGAAAUGACGCCAGCAAGGUCUUCAACAACACCGGUUUCCUCUUUUUCUCAAUGCUGUUCCUCAUGUUCGCCGCCCUGAUGCCCACUGUCCUAACCUUUCCUAUGGAAAUGUCUGUGUUUUUGAGGGAACAUCUCAACUACUGGUACAGCCUGAAGGCCUAUUACCUUGCCAAAACUAUGGCAGACAUACCGUUCCAGGUUAUUUGUCCAAUCCUUUACUGCAGUAUUGUGUACUGGAUGACAGAACAGCCACCUGAGGCAAGUCGCUACCUACUUUUCAUGGCCUUGUCUACAUCCACAGCCCUGGUAGCGCAGUCCCUGGGUCUCCUUAUAGGGGCUGCAUCAACAUCUCUGCAGGUGGCAACGUUUGUGGGUCCAGUCACAGCCAUACCUGUCCUCCUCUUCUCGGGCUUCUUUGUCAAUUUUGACACCAUUCCCAAAUACCUACAGUGGAGCUCUUAUGUCUCCUAUGUCAGGUACGGCUUUGAAGGGGUGAUACUCUCCAUCUACGGGAUGAACCGGUCAGAGCUGGAGUGUCCGGUCUCUGUGUGCAAGUUCCAAAAGCCAGAGGAGGUCCUGCAGCUGCUGGACGUGGAGGACGCAAAGCUCUAUGUGGACUUCAUGGUGCUUGGGGUUUUCUUCGUGGUCCUCAGAUUGGCCACUUACCUGGUCCUGCGUUACAAAGUCAAGUCGGAGCGUUAAGACAUCCAGAGGCGACCGCUGGUGGAUUCGGACACUCGUGACAUAUCCCGGCAGUGUGAGAUAGUAAGAAAACGCGUAGUCUGUCUUUCACUGUCUCUACUUCACACACAUGUACAAAAGACGUACACAAAUCCAGCAUGUGCAGUCAUCCAAAAGCUGCUCUGCGUCAUUACCCAAACUGUACACUACAAUUACAUCUUUCAUUAAGGCUUGAAAUACAACAAAAAGGAAAGUUUAGACUGUGACGAAUGGUGUUCUGCCCCCUGCCCAUUGCUAGCUGUCCUCCAGGUAAUAGUAUUUCUCAGAUCACCAUUACCUUCCCGCAAUAUUGUGUAUUUCCACCGUACAUAAACAGAAUGCUCAGCAAAGUAGCAGAAAGCAUGUUUCAUUGAACUGAGAAAUGCAGAUUUAUACUUGUUCGGCCAAACCAGGAAAGUGCCAUGUGAAUAAUGAAGUGUCCAGUGACAUGUAGCCUCUCAACCCAAUGCCUGAGGAGGAAAUCCAAGGCGAACGUCAGAAUCCUGUUAGUUGAUACUCAAUUGGAAAACACCCAUGAAGACAUCUGAGGAACAAGAUUUUAAAAAUCAGGAGAAGAGGUAACGGCGCCAGGAAACUUCAGAUUGGCUUCUCUCUCGCCUGGAGGAUCGUCUUAUUAGUCAUCAUCACCAAGACUGUGAACACGGUGGCUUUUCUUGACGGAAUACAACCCUAUAACAAACUGACUGCCGGUGGGACUUUCCACUCUUUCCCUCUCCAGUGUGAUCAUUUUCACGAGCCGUCUGCCCUGAUAUUGUCAACGGUAGAAUGUUCAGAUGGGGAUGAAAUGUCCAGCAGUGUAACUGAUCUGGAAACACCCUGGGACCAGGCCUACGAGUCCUUACUUGCUCCUUGUUAUAACACGUGGGUUUCUCCCACAACAUACAGUGAAGCGGGAGCAAAAUGUGAAAGCAAGCGUGACUGCCGUCUCCAGCCUGACGCAGACGUCUUUCUCAAUCAUACUGCUUACACAGAGAGCAUGGUGUUUUAGGGUGAAACGCAAUAGCCUGUUCUAGAAAAAAGAAAAAAAAUGUGAUGUUUGACUAAUCGGUGUUGCUCUUCUGACACAAAUCUUUGAACUGCUCGUUUCCACUCGUCAGAUUCUUCAGCUGCCGCCUCCAGCUGAGCUGCGAUGGGAAGUAUCCCUUUUUUCUCUCCUUCUCUUCCUCUCUGCUUUGCUGAUGUCUGACAAGAUGUGUGUUGUCCAAAAACAAUGCCAGAUAGUUGAACUGCUGGCUGGGCAGUUUUUGUGCCUCUGAGCUAGAAUGAUUUGAGUUUCCUCUGCUUCAUUGUUUGCAUAUACACCUUAUGUCAGCAUACUGUACAUGCUGUCUCUUUCUCUCACACACACACACACGUAUACACAUGCACGCACACACACAUACGCACACACAGACACACACACACACACACACACACACACACACACACACACACACACACACACACACACACACACACACACACACACACCCUUGUAAUGUUUAGAAGCCUGCCUUUGUCACAGGGCAAUGCAAAAUUUUCCAAUAGACUUGCUAUGAAAUAUUUCUUACUCAAACUAUGCUACUUAGUAAUCCUUAUUAUAAUGCAUAAAAUUAUGUGAGCAUAUAAUCAAUGAUUGUACAGUGAAUAUGUCAUGCUGUAAACAAAUGUACAUUUGCACUUUUCAAUGUAUGUUUAAUUCUUUUUUUUAUUUAUUUGGAUUCGAUUUCCUUUUUAUAUCUAUCUAUGUGACGAGUGCUGCUUGAAAGUAUAAUGGGAAAAACAGCAACUGAAUGUUGCAUGAUCACUUUAGGAAUGAAGUUCAUGAAAUAUUAAAUUUCAGAGAAUAGCAUACUGAGUUUUAUUCCAUCAUCCAAAUGUAUGUACCCUGCGGUGUUCGAGGAGACGCAAAUCCUCUGCUUUCUGAUGAACAUUUUUAGAAUCUCUGGAAUUAAGUGUGCAUCACUGGUGUAGAUUAAAAAAAGAGAAAAAAUCACGAGUUGUGGAAGUAAAGUAGAAGUAGGUGAAACAUGACAGAUGGAAGAAUAAACAACCAAAUGUAUGGUUAUGUAGCCGAUGAGACUGGUGGUAGGGAGCAGCUGGGUCAGAGAGAAAUCCCUGAUCUGCCUCAGUGUGGUGGCAGCAGGCGACGAUCUGCAUCAAGAGGCGGCUGCAGCAGCUGAGGCUCGGAUUCUGUCAUUAAUAGCAAUAGUCAACAUUGUGAAAUUGAAUUGUUACAUGUAUACCUCCCACUGCUGUGGCAUUAGAUGUGUAUAUGUUUUAUAGCGACAACUUGAUUUGAGUCAUUUUGUUCCUAUACCUGUUUUAUUAUGUGCAAUAACCAUCCAAAGUUUAACUCUGUGAGACCAACUUCAUGAAGAGAAAUGUGAUUCUGCAAUCUGAACUUUUUCAUCUUUGUCUUUGUUGCUUCAGUUAAGUUAAAUUUGGUGGACAUGCUGACAACAUAAUGAUUUGACAAGCGGGGUGAGAGCAGUCUAACAAUAGCUGGAGGUGCUAUAGAUGGGAGCUGAAGUUAAAGCCACUGGGCAGACGCUGCCACUUCAUUAUCAGAACCUGUCAAAAUAAUUGGUUCUCGAGUCAGUGCAGGAAACUUUGUAGCACGGGGGGAAAUGUUGCAUAAAGUCAGUUUUAACAGCCAAAACAGCAGAUAUGUGUUUAAACCUUCCUCAAAUUAUAUCAAAAUCCAUGAGCUCGUAGGGGACCUGCAGCAAUGACUUUGUAAAACAAAAAAAGGAAUCUAGAAAAGAGACAGCUCCAAGCCAGAAACAAAGCAGGGAUAAUUAGCAAGUGCUGAAGUAAUUAAACAGUCUGGGAGAGUCUCUGCCUCAGGUCUCGAGGCCUGUGGUACCAAAGAAGAAAACAAAUCAUCCUUCCUCUACUGCAAGAUUUGAACUUGAGUGGGUGCAUGUCUCUGUGAGAUUAUGUCACAGUGUUCUCAUUAAUUUUCGGACCAAAGAGAGAUCUCUGAAAAUGCAUCCACACUGUUUGUAGGGGACCUUCCUGAUUUCUGGAUUUCUGAUCCUCUUAAAACUGUUUGUGUCUAUUGAGAUGUGUUAUCCAGACACUGACAGACCCCAUUCAGCUCCAGAUACUAAAUAAUUGCAUCUUAAUAUAAAGUAAUCCUGUGUAAAUGAGUGAUCAGGGAGGUGUAUGUGCUGGAUGCAGCUGAUGAGCCUAUUCACUUUCUUGGACGCUUUUAUUCAUCACGCCACUAUUUCGCCUGCUCGUCAUAAUAAGCCACUGGAUUGUAGUGCACUCAUUGCAUGGUGAAUAAUAAUAUGCAGGCGAUCCUGACAGAAAACUGAUUGAAAAGUUAAUAUUGCAAUGGAAGGCUGUUUAACACAUGUUAUUUUUGUUUAUUUUUUGUCAGAUAUAAUUUGUUUAACAUUUUCAUUUUAAUUUUUGGUUUCUCAACUGAAAAAAUGCAAAUUCUGUGUAAUGAAUGCUGUUCCAAGGAUUAUAAUAAAGAUUAUUUAUAACCUUU